GAAUCGACCGCACGGAGGUGAGCAAGCACAUUGUGCCACUUUUCCGACGUUUUGUACGCUCGCAGCACCGCGCGCGACGAUGAAGACAACGGCGGCCACGAAACAAAAACAGCCAGUUCACUUCGAUCGGUCGCGAACAAGGUAACGAUUCAAACGCGUCAUUUCUCUCGAGAGUGCUGCGAGUUUCUACACGCGCCGCGCGCUGGUGUGAGUGCCCUUUUGCGGUGCGUUGCACUUGCUACGGGGCGGGAUGUCGCUUGUGUGUCGUGUUGACGUCGUCCGUCGGUGCUGUUCGCUUCCCGUUGGACCGCGAACAGACAUACGUUUCGAGCGAACGAGGCUUUGUGUGAGAAACGCUGUGCAACGAUUGCCCCGGUUGCCAGCAGCGAGUGUCCGUUGGCCUGCCGGAAAGCGAGCCGCUGGGAUUGUUUUGACGUUUUGCGUCACGACUGUCAGGCCGAUCAGCACAGCUGAUGCGUGAUUUCGUUCGACCGCAAAUAUUGUCGCCUCGUUUUCGUCACGUGCAAUCGUACACAGCACGCGCACUCAAUGUUAUGUAAACAGAGUGCGGCCGCAACGACCAGUCACCAGAAGUGCCCAGUGAUAAGCGUGAUAAGGAGGGGAUUUCCGGAAAUCCCAGGUGUGCCAACUAUCUGCUAGCCAUGUCAAUUACCGAGAAGGAUCUGUACCGGGACACUCCGGUACGAUAUUUAGGGUAUGCAAACGAAAUCGGCGAGGCGUUCCGGCCGGUGAUAAAGAAAGUAUUCGUACACGCCAGCUAUGCCUUAGCCAUCAGCUACGUGCUAGCCGAUACGGCCGACAAAUCAAAGAAGCAGUACGACAAACCGGAACUUCUGGGAGGCGGUUUGCGUGGUGCUGCCAUAGCUUCCGGGGAUACGCUGCUGUGGCAAAUGUUUGCCUCCGUUAUCAUCCCCGGCUUUACGAUCAAUCGUGUUUGUUGGCUGUCUAAAAAGGUGCUAAAAAUGAACAAAGUAAAGGGCCCAGUCGCCAAAUGGGGACCCACGAUGCUCGGUCUGUUGGCCAUUCCGUUCAUCAUUCAUCCGAUCGACAGUGCUGUCGAUUACGCGAUGGAUAAUACUUACCGGAAGUACGUAAAGUAGUUACUCGCGACAGGAAGCGACGCCGCAACCUUGUGAACUCGUUGACGUUUUAAUGUUAGACUUUGCUCAACAUAGUUAGCUUUAAAUGUGUUCUAAGACGGAAGAAAUGGUGCCACUCUCUUGCAACUAUGUUUUAAGAUGUCAAUUCGAUGACCAAUUAACGCACAAAGAUUUAUUAUAUUCAUAGAUUUCAGGGCGAUAGGCGAAGCCAUUUAUCGUUUAGCUGUGUUGAUUUCAAUGACGCGAAAAAAGGUGACUUCGGUGCCAGAUAGCUGACAAUAAACGUGUUGCCUCCCACAGGAGCAUUAACUGA